AGUAGUUUUGACAGCUUCACCAUUCUUUUUCUUUCAUCUUGUUCUGAACAUUGUUCUCUGCAUUCAAUUUCUUCAGAUCAGUAAUUUAGUAUUGUCCAAUUUAUUUAUUUAUUUUAAAAAACCCAUUAAAAAUCAUUCAUCCUGCCUUCAUUCUCAUUUAUUCUUUCUGUAGCCCAUUCAUCAUAAUCUUUUGUCCAGUCCCAUUCAUUUGUUUUUUUGUUGCUUUGUUAAGUCAUACUAAAAUAAUUUUUCUUUUUCUUUUUUUGCUUGAGUUUAUUAAAUAUGUAUGUACAUGCCUGAGUUUUGUAGUGUAUUCAAGAAUGUAAUGUGAGAUAUCAGAGUCUUUUCUAGUUGGUUUCUAACAAAAGUGAAAAAACAAUGAAUGGUAUAGUGAUAGAUGAAAAUCAGAGAAGAGUUGGUAAGAAAGAAAAUGGCAGUUCUUGGAAAUGUGCAUAUGGUUAUGCCCAACAUAGGCGUUGCAAAAGUGCUUCCGACAAAAAUGUUGCUGUAUCGAAAGGCGGAGACAGACAACCCGUAAGAAAAGAGUUGAAUGAACCGCCUGUUUUGCUACCUUCAACGAGGAGUUGUAAAGCAAGUCCAUUACAUGAAUUCUCCAAAAUUAUUAGCAGAGAGGCAGUUCCAGACCACAGAGUCUCCUUGGAAAAAGAUAUCGAGCAAUUACAAAUGCGUUUGCAGCAAGAAAAGUCGAUGCGUAUGGUGCUUGAGAGGGCAAUGGGACGAGCUUCUAGCACUCUAUCUCCUGGACAUAGGCAUUUUGCUGCUCAGACAAAAGAGUUGAUAGCUGAGAUUGAAUUACUUGAAGAAGAGGUUGCAAACCGUGAGCAGCACGUCCUUUCUCUGUACAGGAGCAUUUUUGAAGAAUGCAUUAGCCGGCCUUCUUCUGAGCAAAGUUCGGUCAUGACUUCUCCAGCACAUAGUAAAGCUGAGUCUAGAAAACACCCAAGUAUAAUAUCAAGUGCCUUUUGCUCAUCCAAAAAGUUUCCUUUGCGGACAUUCCAAGCUCUUGCUGCCAUAAAUGAAUUGGGAAAAAGGAACUUGUCGCAGUCAAAAUCAAGACAUGCUUCAUUUUAUAAUAGUAAAGUUAAUGCACACAUUAAGAAAAGUUGUUCAGCCCAUGCUAAGGAGCAAACAUCAAUGGAGAAAGCUCCUCUGUCCCGAAGUCUUAAAGACCAUCUUUACCAGUGCCCCAGUAAGUUGUCUGAGGAAAUGGUUAGGUGCAUGGCUGCAGUAUACUGUUGGCUCCGUAGUACAGAUCAAUUGACAAGUACUGAAGAAAAGCGAUCACCGUUGUCAUCAAGGUCAUCCACUAAUGUGAUAAUUCCAAAGCAUGAUAUUAAAGAGGACAGAGAUUGGUUUUGCAAAUCCACUAUUGAAAUAUCUUGGAUAGCAACAGACAAGAAUAAAUUCUCUCGUGCAUCUUACGCCAUCAGCAACUACAGAGUUUUGGUGGAGCAAUUGGAAAGAACAAAUAUCAGUCAGAUGGGAACCAAUGCCAAGAUGGCAUUCUGGAUCAACUUGUACAAUUCCUUAGUCAUGCAUGCAUAUCUGGCAUAUGGAAUACCACAGAACUCUCUUAGGAGGUUGGCAUUGUUUCACAAGGCUGCUUACAAUGUUGGUGGCCAGAUCAUAAGUGCCAAUGCCAUUGAACAGUCGAUUUUUGGUCUGCGUACGCAUCGGAUUGGACGGUGGUUGGAGACCAUUCUGUCAACUGCUUUACGGAAAAGAUCGGGAGACAUCAGCUCAAAAUUCGCCCUUCAAGAGUUCCAGCCCCUUGUUCUCUUUGCUCUGUGCACUGGCGCUUUUUCCGAUCCCAUGCUGAAAGUGUACACAUCCGUAAAUAUUGUGGAGGAAUUGGAAGCAGCAAAGAGAGAGUUUCUACAGGCUAAUAUUGUUGUAAACAAGUCAAAAAGAGUAUUCUUACCUAAGGUUCUCGAAAGAUAUGCGAAGGAAGCAAGUAUUCCAGCGGAUGAUCUUCUUAACUGGGUUAUGGAAAACGUUGAAAAGAAGCUUCGCGAUUCCAUACAUAAAUGUGUUGAAGGAAGAACCAAUAAAAAGUCGUCUCAGAUAAUUGAAUGGCUACCUUACUCUUCAAGAUUCCAAUAUGUAAUUUCAAAAGAUUUUACAGAGAAGCCUUGGUGGGCAUAGAAGUGUUGAAUAAUGUAGAGAAAGUCUUGAGUUGAUCUUUCUAAUGCACAUAACUAAUGCUUAAGCCUUGGUUCAUUCCUUCAGUUUGUAGGAUUCUGAUUUGAUCUGGAACUAAGUGAUUGUACAUUGACUUCAAUUCAUUUACAGGUUUGUGAGCA